UGAAAUAAUGACAUAAUUUCUGUGAUUGUAUAUUAAUUUAAAAUUUUAUAUCAAUGUUUGAUUUUAUAGAUAAUGUACGAAAUGAGUUGUUGUUUGAGUUUAUAGAAAUUUUAGAUUUCGUGUCAGCUGGGAGUCUUAAUUUAUUCGACAGGAUUACCGACAAUUUAAUAUCUAUUAUAAGAAAACAAUUGUAUAAACCUAGAUGUGGUGAUAAAUUUUUAGUAUGAAUUAAAGGAAUAGGUAUACUACAAAAGUAAAAAAUAAAAAUUUUUGGUAAUUAAAUAUGGAAAAUAUGGAGGACCAAAUAUCACCAGCUGAAGGCAUAAUAACACCACAGAUAGAUGACAACAAAUAUGAUAGUGAUAGUGAAAAUCAAGAGAAAGCAGGAGACAGUAAUGAAAGAAUGGCAGGUAAAGGUUUAGAGGAAGCUGAAGGUGAGUAUGUUGAAGGGGAACAUUUGGAAGGAGAUCUUGUGGAACGAGAAGAGGAACAGGUAGAGGAAGAAUAUUUAGGAGAAGAACAAAAAGUUCUAAGGGAAGGAGACCAAUUUAUAGGCGAAGAACUUGAAGGAGAGCAUACGGAGGGGAAAGAAGUAGAUGAGCAAGAAAUCCAAUAUGCAGAAAAACAACCUGCAGAAGUGACAGUUGAAGAGGAAGAACGCUAUGUAGAAGAGUCACCACCAGACCCUACUGCUCCUUUUAAUUUCAGUGAUUCAAAAGAAGAAUUGAGAGAACCUUUUCAAUUAAGACCUGAUCAAUUGGCAGAACUAGAGCAAUUAUGGGAUCUAUAUCAAAAUUAUACACCAGCCUAUACAGACAUUGACAAAUAUAUAACAGAAAAAGAACUCGUUUAUAUGUUAAAGUCUAUCCUUCUUAUGACAAUUACGUCAGAACAACUCCAAGAACUGAUAGAUUUUUGCGUGAGGCCACCACAUCCGCAUGGUCAUAUUACAUUUCAGCAAUUUCUUCGAAUGGUAACCAUACGACAAAGAGACUUCCUUAUUGAAGACGAGCUACGGUCUGCUUUGCAAGUUUUCGAUCCUGAGAGAACUGGAACUAUUGAUCGAGAAUAUUUAAAGGACGUUCUAUUGAUACAAGGACAUAAAAUGCCACAAAAACAUCUGGAUAAUCUUAUAAAAGAAGUCGAUAUGAGCAAUGAUGGUACAAUUGGUAUUGAAGAUGUGGUCGGAACCAUGUGUAUUGAUUUAAAUAAAGAAGAUUUAAUGAUGUUAAUUGCGUCUGUAUUUUCAAAUGCAGCCGAUAGAGUACCUGAAGAAAAUGUAUGA